AUGAUUGAGCCCAGCCCCGAGGCCCCCCAAGAGGCUCCCCAGCCACACUCAACCCUGAAGACGAGCGCAUGCGAUGAGAGUUCUUUAAACCCUUUCCCUUCUUCUGAGAAUGACGGCGCACUCGCGAACAUGAGGGGGCCCUCGGGGGCCUCACUGCGGCCUCCGGGGCCCCCGGGGGCCCCGGGGGCCCCAUCUUCUCCUGAUUCGUUUUCAACAACAAAGGGCAGAGAACCCACCCCAGAGGGGGGACCAUCGGACACUCCCAGCUGGAGCUGUACAGACGGCUCAGAGAGCUGCCGCGUUAAGGGGAGGGGUUCAAGUUCGUCAGUUGUUUCCCUCAUGUCGGAAGACGGAGAGGUAGAAGAAGAACGAACCCCUUCACCGCGCAUCGAAAACAAGGCGGCAUCUCGUCCUCGGCGCUCCGCAGCACUUCGCAGCAAGCGAAGCGCAACAGCAGCAGCAGCAGAUGCUGCAGCAACAGCAGCAACUGCCACGCCCCCACCCGUUCCUGCAAAGUACCGAGAUGAACUCGAAGCUGUAGAUCGGGAUAUCAUGCAAAUAUUAAACAAAGGCAUCGCACACACCGAUCUCCUCUCCAACAGAGAAGAAUACAUUAAAAUAAAGAAGGCGCUCGUGGCUCCCGAGGGGGAAGAAGAGGCAGAAGGGGAGGGAGAGCAGCCCCAGGGCACGGGUCUGGUGCUGCAGCUGCAGCGGCUGCUGCGGGUUUUUUGCGAGGGUUCAUCCCUACCUAUAUCUGAAUUAGCAGAGGCAGCAAGUGCUGCUCUGGCAGACAAGGGCCCUGAAGGAGACGCUCCGGCGUUUGCUGUAGACGCCCAAACCCUCAAAGUUGAGCUCCCCGUGCUACUCACACGAAGGCGCUUCGGCCUCGUGCGCCCCAUCGAGGCGGAGGGGGCCCCCGCUGCUGCAGGGGGAGGGAGGGCGCCCCCCGUGGGGCCCUUGGAAGAUACAGCUGCGUACAAGUUAUGGAUUUGGGAGUGUGUGCUGCUAGAUGGACUUCCUGCUGCUUUUAAGGAGGCGGCGCGCAGAGAAAGAGAAGCGAGACAGACCCUGUACCGGCGGCUGCGGGCUUUGGAGAAGCUGCGGGAGGCGCUGUGUGGGGGCGUAGAGGGGGAGAUAGCUGCAGCAAGGGAGCGGGUGCAGCAGCAGCUGCAGCGCGAAGCAGCAGCAGCAGAGCGGAAGCAGCAGCAGGAACACAAGAAGAGACAAAUUGAAUAUGUGCGAAUGGAAAGAGAAAGGGGGCGGCGACAGCGGGAGGAGCAGCGCGAGGAGCAGAGGAGACAAAAAGAGGCGGAGAGAGAAAAAAGGGAGAGAGAGAGACAAGAAAAAGAGAGAGAGAAAGAAGAACAACGACUGCAGCGGCUGCAGCAGCAGGCAGAGAAGCAAAAAACAAAAAAGACAGACCCUAGUGUAAACAGGCAGCAGAGCCUUAUGGCUUCUUGGUUGCGGCGACCUGCUGCCCCUGCAGGCGGCAGCGGCUUGCACACAGGCGGGGGGCCCCCCGGCAGCUCUCAGGGGAGCAGGGGGCCCACAGGAGGGGCCCCCCAGAGCCCGGGAGGAGGGGGGGCUCCAGGAGGUGAGUGCCCUCUUGUGGUGGUGCUUGAUGAAGAAGAACAAGCAGACAUUAGGCAGAAAGCGGAACUCAGAAAAGCGGCAGAGGCAGAAGCUGUUGCAUGGCGCGUAGCCCCAGAAGACAAAGAAGGCUUUGUUGGAGCUGUUGAACGGCUGGCCAGCUGCGCACUGCAGCGGCACCGCCGUGUGGACUCGAAAGAGUUGCCGCAAUUCAUAGAAGGCAAGUUUGAGGGUUUAGAGUUUGCAGAGCAGCAGCAGGAGCAGCAGCAGAAUAGCGAGCCUUCGCGUUUACUGCAGCAGUUCGUAGAGCGGCAUGCUGCGCCUUCUCGCGAUUGUCUGCGGGAAUUUGUCUCCUUUUGUGUUCACCACCGUCGUUUUGUGCACAAAAUCCCUCCGCCGCAGUCCGAAGAAAGCAGCAGCAGCAGCAGCGGCAGCAGCAGUAUCAGCAGCAGCAGCAGCGGCUGGACGGGCAGCGGAUACCGCCAGUCAGCAGCAGAUGUACGGAGAGGCCUCACUCUCACUGAUUACUGCGCUGACUCGCUCCCUGAUGCUCCUUUUUUGCGCUCUGUGUGGAUGGCUCUGGAUGACUGGAAAAGACCUGUUAGGAAACUUCUCAUGCCGAAACAACCUAAGUGCGCAAGUUGCUGCGAACAAUGGGCAGAGGAGAGUUGCGUUGAUUAUGAACGAGACAGCGAUGAUGAAUGGUUUGAAUGCUUUGAUGCUGACGAUUUGGAUGACGCGAAAGAAGAAGAAGAAGAAGAAGAAAUAGAAGCAGAAGAAGACAGAGACUGGCUGGAGGAAGACGAGGAAAACAAAGACAAACAAACUUGGGCUGCUGCACCCCCCAUCAAAUUCGCCUCGUUUCUUAACUGGAAAUUCUCUUUCGAUGGAGAACCCAGACCCAAUGAAAACGAGGCAUCCGUACACCUCGUGGCCUUUCCCAGUCUACGCGACGGCAACUGGGCUUCUGCUUACGGCUGCAUCGGGCACGAUUGGGGGGGGAACCCGUUUGCUAAGCUGGAUGUCUUACCCAUCAGCACAAGACGUAGAUGGUCUGACGAAGACAGCAUUAAUCUUUUAAAGUUUUUCCAUGGAAAGACCGUCGGAAAACUCCGAAAUAUUUCGGAGUUUCAAAGAGCCAACCGCCAUGUGACGAAAGCUGAGGUGGAGAGACAGCUGAAGCAAUACAUGGUGUACGAGCGACGCGCAGAAGACAGACAGCGCCGAUGGUAUGCAACGGAGGAAGCAGCCCGCGCCUUCAAUCUAUCAGAAGAUCUUGAGAUUAUUUUUCAGAGCAUAAGAACGGAAGAGAAGAUAGUGGAGGCCAAACAGCAAGAACUGGCGGAACAGCUGAAGGCGCAACUCGCAGCAAAUAACGCGAUUCUUGACACAGACGAUAAAAAAAUGCAACACCAAGCGCAUGCAACAACCUCCCCAAACGAAGCAACAACAACCCAGCCAACGCCGUCGCAUGCAGCAGCUGCAACACCUGCCGCAGCACCUGCAGCACAGGCUGCAGCACCCGCAGCAGCUGCAGCUCCUGCAACGGGCGGUUCCAGUUGCAACAAGCUAGAAGCCUUUUUUGUUAAGAGGGCUGAGGCGCCAGAUGAGCAGCAGCAGGCAGCAGCACAGGCCCCACGGGGAACUAACGCAGCGGCUGCUGCUGGUGCUGCUGCUGCUGGUACUGCUGCGGAGCUGCGACCGGGCCCCAGCGUGCAGCAGCUGCUGCAGCAGAAGAAGCCGCCGUCCUCCUGUGGGGAUUCUGUUACCUGGCCAGCAGAUGAGGACACAGCAGUUGCUGCUGCUGCUGCUGGCAUCGCUGCAAAGUCCGCAGCAGCAGCAGCUGCUGCUGCUGCCGCAGGACAGGCGAACUCGCAGGGGGCUGCGCUUGCUGCUCAUGUUGCUGCAGCAGCGCUUUUAGCUGCCAAGCUGGCGAGAGGAGCAGCAGAGCUCGGGGAGGGGUCCGAAGCGCCUCGUGCGAGCGUUGAUAUUGAUGGAGCGCCUGUACAGCAGGGGCAACUGUCUGCUCAGUCCGUAGCUUCUGCCUUGCCAGCAGGGGGCCCCGGGGCCCGCUCCUCUUCUGCUUUCGUCGCCUCUCCUUUGGGAGCCCCCACUCGAUACAGUGCAGACGGGAGGAUGAUGGCGGAUUAUGCGAGGUCAGGCGCUGGGACCCCGGGUGUAGUGACAACUGGGGCUGAAGAAGACCUCGACAAGAUCUCCGCAGGGAAGCGCAUGCGGAAGAGCGCAGUAAUGCAGGGGCCACAUGUUGAUGUGCCAGGUGAUGCAGCACCUAAGCGCGUCAAGAGGCGGCAGUCUGCAAUGCCAACCCCUACAACUACAACGACAACAACAGCAACACCAGCAACAAACUCCUAG